CCACCACCACCACCGCCAUCCCGACUCUGGCCAACUCCACAUCCAAGUCCACGUCCACAUCCACCUCCACCAAUAAUUAAUGAUUACAGUACGCUUUCGCGAAGAACCUACGAGGUACGACGUCCUCGCUUUGAAUCUAAGUGGAGCUGCUGAAAACAAAAAUCAAACAAAAAUCAAACAUUAUCGUUCCCAUCAUCGCCCAUCCAGUAGUUGGAAUACUCCGUACUGUCGCGCUGCUCUCCACGGGCUAGGCCGGCCUCGUCGCACAGUAAGCCUUACUUGCCGUACGAAUGCUGUAUGUAUGUACCAUGUACUGUCUUGCACUGCACUGUAUGUACAGUGUACGGUGUACAAGUACAUACAUACGAUUACGGAGUACUGUACGAAGCACAUCUUCUGGCUCCAACUUUCUAGAAGCCUGAGCAUCCGUAUACCGAUCAACCUUCCUCCGCACCCUCGAUCCUUGACAGAUAUCCCAACCACAACAACAGGCUCGGAAAGCAAGGAAUUAAGGGACGUAUUCCAUGAUUCCUUUUACCUGUCCCGAUGAACCCAUCACGUCACCACCGACCGACGUCGAAGAUCUGCGACUCUGCCCACAAGUGCCGAAACGUUGCGGAAGAGCAUCCACCCCUACAGCGACUCGUGAAUAGAGGCCAUAGAUAGAUUGCGCGACUCGUGACCGCUAGGCUGUCGGCAACGAGCAGUGCCCAUACCAUACGAAGGAGAGAUGCACCCCACCUAGCUACUUGUAGUUGUACACAGUGCGCAGUGUAUGAUUGUUCGGAGUACUGAUGUGGUGCAGCGUUUGCUGUGCU